GUUACAAAAUCAAUCAGUGUCAUCUGUUAAAAUAGCAACUGUCAAUAAAUAAUUAUAAUUUAUUUGUAUGUCAAACAAAAAAGCAAAAAACAUUUAAGAAAAAGAUGUCAGGAAAAUAUCUGCAAAGAAUAUUACAAGAUGAUUCAGUUUUGCAAAGGCUUCAAUACCCAAUUCUUUUUGUCUUAUUCUAAGUGUUGAAUUGCUUCUAAAUUGUGCCCCAUGUUUACAUUAAACUGUUCAGGGUUUAUAUGCUGAUAUUAUAUAUCACAAUCUUGAACAACAACUGUGUUAAGUUUACUUGUAACUUUAUUGUUUGUCUUUUCUGGCCUGUAAGUAAAGGGCCAACUCCUGUGAGAGAAUCUAAGAUAGUUAACAAAAACAAAAUCUGGCUUAAAACCAUGGCUGUCAAUGAUUUAGAAGGUACCAUCUGUUUGACAUUGAUUUCUUUCAACAUUUCCUGUUUCUAAAACGUUAUUCCAGGCAUCCUAGUAAUCAUCCUGUUGAUUGUUCAGAUCUUGCAAUAUCCUAUAGCCUAAUUUAUAUGAUAUAAAUUGGGCAAAAAUCACAAUCAGAGACAUUUAUUUCAUAAUGCUACAAGUUUGUCUUUCUUUCUCUCCCUCUCACUCUCCAUCUAAUAAAUUCAAGUGCUGAAUUUUAACUAGGAAGCCAGAAUUGUAUUAUCAAGAAAUAAAACAUGCUUUUUUUUUUAAGUUUUCAGUUUUACCUUGCUUUUAGGACCUUUACUGGGUUUAAGAGCCUAACAAUAUAAAGAGAGACAGUUUGCUGUAGUGAUUAAGGUAUCAGAUUAAAAACCAAAACAGCAUGAGUUCUACCUUGGGCACAAAGAUAGCUGGGUGAUCUUGAGCCACUCACUUUCUCUCAGCCCUAAGAAGGAGGCAAUAACGAACCACUUCUAAAAACCAUGCCAAGAAAUGGAUGCCAUUGAAUAGAAGAAAUGUACAAACACACAUGCAUGCGCGUGCACACACACACACACAGUUUGUAGGAGAAAGCUGUGUGCUAAAAAUAAAAUGCCAGAAUCAAUUCCAGAGGUUUGGAAUCUAUCCUUGGCAUGCUGAGGAUCUUUUGUGAUGAGCAGAGCAAACUAAAGCAAUAUUCUGAAAUAAGACAGGAUUGCCUCCCUAGCCUGGAUAGGAACAGUCCACAGUGUAACAUAAGCUGCAGUAGGUUUUACACAAACCUACUUAAACAUGUUAUGUUAUAUUAAAAAAUAUUUUAAGUUAUAGGAGAAAUUCACUAUAUUUUUCUUGCAUCAGCUGGCUAUUAACAGUGUACUAAUAUUUAGAGUAAAACACAAUACAUAAUUGCCUCUGAAUAACAUCUUAUUUGUUUCGGGUGAAAGGGGGGGAAAAAGCAAUAAUAAGGCUCAUUUAUUUCAUUUCAAAAUCGGGAGGUUAGGCCCAUCUUAGAAGUUCUCCGCCUUCUUGAACAGCUUUCCUUCAGAAAUCGUGGGCGCUCCAUCACUGGAAGCUUUUAAGAAGAGGCUGCUAGACAGUCACAUCUCUGAAAUAGUAUAGCAUCUCCUGCUUGAGCAGGGGGCUGGACUAGAAGACCUCCAAGGUCCCUUCCAGCUCUGCUGUACUUCUAAUUCUUCUAAUUUUAAUGUCCUCAAGCCAAGAUGGUAUUUGAAUGAGGCUCCACGCUCAGAUCCGGUACUUCGCACGCGCAUCCGCAGCCGGGAGCCACCGGAACCCUCCAGACUAGGCAAAGAAGACCCUCCACGGACCGAUAGCAUGGAAACCGAUUCCUUCGCGACUGGAAGCGCCGGCCGCGCCUUUCCCUCCGCGCCGCUCCGCCCCUGCCACAGUGUCAGCCGCGAGGGAGAGCCGCGCAGGCGCUGGCCCGUCGCGGAGAGGACUGGAGGAUGGGUCGCUUGGCGCCGCGCUUGCUGCUCCUCUGUCUUUUCUGGGACGCCUGGGAGCGCCUUCCGGGGGCCGAAGCCGUCCGAAAGCGAGGACCCACCGUGACCGCUAAGGUUUUCUUUGAUAUACAGAUUGGUGACAGAAAUGCUGGCAGAAUUGUAAUCGGCUUGUUUGGGAAAGUAGUACCCAAGACAGCAGAAAACUUCAUUAAACUUGCAACUGGAGAGAAAGGAUUUGGUUAUAAAGGAACCAAAUUUCAUCGCGUAAUCAAAGAUUUUAUGAUUCAAGGAGGUGACUUUACGGCUGGAGAUGGUACUGGAGGAAGAAGCAUCUAUGGAGAUCGGUUUCCGGAUGAAAACUUCAAGCUGAAGCACUAUGGCAUUGGCUGGGUCAGCAUGGCUAAUUCUGGCCCAGACACUAAUGGCUCCCAGUUCUUCAUUGCUGUAACAAAGCCUGGCUGGUUAGAUGGAAAACAUGUAGUAUUUGGAAAAGUCAUCGAUGGAAUGUCUGUAGUACAUGAUAUUGAACUUCAGGCCACAGAUGACUACGACCAGCCUCUUCAGGACUGUGUGAUCAUGAACAGUGGAAAAAUUGAUGUAAAAGAACCUUUUGUGGUUGAAGUCGAUGAUUGGAGAAGUUGACAGAAAUAGGAGCAACUGAGCUGCGAUCACGUCUGGUUAUCACUGUGUGAGGCUUCUAUCAGAAAAUACUUUGUAGAGACUGUACAACUUGACCUUGCAGGUAACAGAAAAUACCUGGGUUUUAAAUGAGGAAAUGCUAUCAAUAUUGCCUUUCUAGGGUAAAACAUUUCAUAAGUGUUGAUUUAAAGAGAUCGACACAGAUGUUUUUACAGUAUACACUACAAAUGUUUAUAGCCCCUUGUUUUUUGUUUAUUAGUAGCCAUUUUAUGAAUAUUUUUAAUGUCUUUGCCUAGUAAUUUUAAAACUUUGAUCAAAAAACCCUCCUUAUUCAACUGGCACUUCUAUAGCACAUAUUGUGUGGAUUUCCUAAUUUAUAAAUCUGAAAAUAGAUAAGGAAGAAUUACUAUGUAAUUGAACAAAUUAUACUGACAUGACAAAUACCUUGCAUCAUACCUUUCAACAAUACAUAGAUAUCAUUUAUUAAAAGCCAACUUUGGUUCGAAUUUGCCAAAAUGCAAAAUAUGUCAUUAUAAAAGGUAAAGGUUUCCCUCGCACAUAUGUGCUAGUCGCUGCCGACUCUAGGGGGCGGUGCUCAUCUCCAUUUCAAAGCUGAAGAGCCAGCGCUGUCCGAAGACGUCUCCGUGGUCAUGUGGCCGGCAUGACUGAACACCAAAGGCGCACGGAACGCUGUUACCUUCCCACCAAAGGUGGUCCCUAUUUUUUCUACUUGCAUUUUUACGUGCUUUCGAAACUGCUAGGUUGGCAGAAGCUGGGAAAAGUAACGGGAGCUCACCCCAUUACAUGGCAGCACUAGGGAUUCGAACCGCUGAGCUGCCGACCUUUCGAUCGACAAGCUCAACGUCUUAGCCCCUGAGCCAUAUGUCAUUAUAGUUACAUACUAUUUUUAUAAUUUUAUCAUUUAAAUCUUGUUUACUUACCUUAUGUACAAAUAUUAAACCACUGGUGAAAACCGCCUGUUUUAAAGCAA